UCCGUUGUAGUCGAAGUUCGUAUCGAAGAAACAACUUAUAUAAAGGGUCUGAUUUUGGAGGUGGAUAUUGUUGAAAUGUUGAGAAGCUCCGGUCUUGAAGUAAUUCAUCCUGAAGAAACAAAAGUUUCGCAUGAUUAUAUAGUCGCCCAAGAUUUUAUUCAAGAAGUGUCUUCAGGGUUCACAGAUGAGGAAACCAUCGAAGUCGUUGAUGUACUCACUACCAAUACGACAAUAGAAGUUGAGCUAGCUCAUUUGUUUCUAAAAAUAAGUGAAAAAGUGAGACCAAAAGUCCCACUUGAGCAGAAUGGCGUUGUCAAUCAUGUAUCUAAUACAGAUUCUACUAAUAUUAUCAGCAGAGCUGACAUGACCAAGAAGACCUCACCGAUAGCUCAGGCAAGCGCACCACCUAUAUUUGAACCAGAAGUCGAUGGUUGCCAAGAAGAAAUUGCCAUUCGUAAAUACGGUAAUUUACCAGGUAUAUAA